AUGAAUGGCGCCCGUGGCGGGAAGUCCCAUCGCGGACGCGGCCAUAAGAGGAAUCAUGGCAACUCAGCCAACCAUGCCUUACCACAGGUGUUGCCGUACACAGGAGGCGCAAUACCACUACAAGAUGCACAUGCACCUGUUUACUCUUCUAACCUUGUCAAGGAGGAGGCCUCUACUCAAUACCUUGACAAGCAAGGCCCCGGCUUGAUGAACACUUUGAAUGGCGGAGCAAGCUGGGAUGAAUAUCAUGGGCAUGGAUAUACUGCCUCCCAAGAUGAGCUUCCGUUUGGACAUGCCACCAGCAGUCAUGUACAUAUGCAAACCACUCUGAAGCAGCGUGUACCACAUUCGGCCAGUCCCCAAGGGCUUGGACAACAGAUAAUUUCUGGUCUUCUUACUGCCAUGCCGUUCGUGAUGUCCUAUCUCCUUGCAGGGCCCAUCCGCUUGGGCACUGCCAAAUCCGAAACCCAGAGUACGAAGACGUCGCAUUCUCUUCGAUUUGCUGGCAUCCCGCUAGUAGUAUCAUGUGCAUAUGUAUCUGUUGCUCUACUAGUACAUGGUAUAUACGAAAAAAUACGCCAGGGGCGUGUGAAUGGAAAUGCUGGACCUACGGAUGGCUUUCAGUCGAAUCGCUCGAGUCUUUACGAUGGGAUGAGAACCGCAAUAUGGAUGAUCCUGCCCCUUUAUGCUUCUUUCAUGAUCGGAUUUGAUGUCGUAAUUGCUGUGCUACUAUUGAACAUUUUCACGGAUUCGAGGACUGGCUCUAGUGGGAAUACGUUGACUAGAACAAUACGGACUCUUAAACACAGGAAGGUAUCAGCAUUGUUUAUUGUCGCCAUGGCUGUCUUGGAUAUUACCUAUAUAUCCUCUGCUCAACCUCUAGAGGUAUUCAAAGGGUACAUGGCCAUUGCUGCUACUAUAACGCUUCCGUCCCCCGGUUCUCUCUUGACGCUCACUGAUACCGCUGUGGAUGAAAAGUUCGCUUCAAGGAAGGAUAAUAUCGACGAUACAGCUACUGUGAACCUCGUUAUUGGCACAGUGCUUGGGGCGUUGGUCUUAUUUGUUGUCUUGUUCUCGGGUGGUUUCAGUGCAGUAUCUCUAUCAUUCCUUCCUGUCUUUGUUGUUGGGUUAUUCACAGCAACAUCCCAAUUGAUAUAUGGUAUUGAUGCUACUGGCAGGCCGAGUCUGCCUACCAUUGCGUCGGGCGCCAUUAUUGCCAUCAUAGCUACGUUUGUAACAUCUCAAACACACAUUAUACCCUUACAAGCUACUAGGUUUGGGCUCGCUUGUCUCGCAUCCUUCGCCGACUGCAAGAUGGUACAUAACGACAACCACUCACAGGAAAAGAUGGAAAAGAAACCCUCUCGAAUGACUAUAUGGCUUUUAGGGGCGUGCGAACAGUGGCCUUUUAUACACGCUAUCCUGAAGGAAAGGGAUUCACGCCGUAUUUUCUAUUUUAUGAACCUGAACCUAACGUUUAUGGUAGUCCAGUUGACCUAUGGUGUCGUUACUGGUUCUCUGGGACUGCUGAGUGACAGUAUUCACAUGUUGUUUGACUGUUUUGCUCUCGCUGUUGGCCUAGCGGCCGCUGUCAUGAGCAAGUGGCCACCGAGCUCUCGUUUUCCAUAUGGCUACGGCAAAAUUGAUACGCUUGCAGGUUUUGGAAACGGUGUGUUUCUGAUCGUUGAGAUAAUAUACGAGGCCGUGGAACGGUUGAUGUCAGGCAGCGAAGUGCAUAGGAUUGGCGACCUCUUUGUUGUAAGCUCGCUUGGCUUGGUUGUUAAUAUGGUUGGGAUAUUUGCAUUUGACCAUGCGCAUCAUGGUCACGGCCAUGCUGGACACGAUCAUGAUCAUGGACACGGGAAUGAAAAUAUGCACGGUAUAUUCUUACAUAUACUUGCUGAUGCACUUGGAUCAGUGGCGGUUGUUUCGUCCACUGUACUAGUGCACUUUUUCGGGUGGUCUGGGUUCGAUCCGAUUGCGUCGUGCUUGAUAGCGAUUCUGAUAUUUGUCUCAGCUAUACCUCUUGUUAUCAGCAGCUCGAAGACCCUGCUUCUCGCAUUGCCGGCAGACGUUGAGUAUAGUCUUCGGGAUACUCUUGCUGGGGUUAGUGUCAUGCGGGGGGUAGUUGGAUAUACCGUGCCAAAAUUCUGGCUCGAUGAUACCGUCCACGACCAUAACCACAAACAUCAUAGUCACAGUCAUAGCCAUGACCAUGACCAUGGCCAUACCCAUACACAUACACAUAACAGCCAUCAGCAUAACCGCGGGGGAAGCCAUUGCUCUUCACAUCAUAGCUACAACUCCCACUCUGAUAAUCACUCCCACACCCACAAUCAUGCCCACGGUCAUACGAAGUGUGGCAGUCACAGCCACAGCCAUGGGCCUGUCGACGACCAUGGCAAUAGACGCGUCCUCGGGGUCAUACACAUCAUUGCUUCGAAAAACUCAGAUUUGUCAGAUGUCCAUACCCGUGUGGCCGAUUACUUGAGCGAGAAAGGGAUGGACGUUUUGAUCCAAGUCGAAAGAGAAGGGGAUGGCAAAUGUUGGUGUGGUGGAGGUAAAUAG